AUGGGCACAGACAUUUCUCCCCUUGAUGUCGAGGAAUCGACGGAACCUCCUAUAUGUGCUUCUACGGAGGAACAGCAUUCACAACAGAUUAAACCCGGGGAUGUAAAUUUACAUCACGACCCCGAAAAGACCGGAGAGUUAUCUCUUUCAGCGAAACCCAAGUUCGACCGUCAGGGCUAUCCAGGAGAAUUUCCCCAGCAUGAUAUCGGGACUGUAUCCCACCAUGCUCACACCUUUGAUUCCGCACAGCUGGCUACCCUUCUGGGAGUUGACAUCGACCAUGGCUUGUCGACUCCCGAAGCCGCCACUCGUCUCGCUCUGCAUGGAGCGAACCGGGUCAAGGAGAUGGAGGGCAUAUCGGUUCUUGUCAUAACCAUGGCGUUGUCAUUUGGCAUCCAUGAUUACAUUGAGGGAGGAGUGAUCACCGCCGUCAUCCUCCUCAAUAUCAUCGUUGGGUUCGUCCAGGACUAUCGUGCCGAAAAGACGAUCAUGUCGCUGCACAGGUUGACUGCACCUGUGUGUAAAGUGCUGCGAGACGGCCAUGUGGUUUCUGUGAAAGCUGAAACUCUUGUGAUCGGAGAUAUCGUGCAACUCGCCGUGGGCGACAUCGUUCCGGCUGACCUGCGACUGAUAGAUGGCAUGAACAUCUCGAUGGACGAAGCACUCUUGACCGGCGAAUCCCUGCCGGUAACAAAGACACCCCACGUCACCAUGUCUUCGCUGGACAUGCCUAUAGGCGAUCGCACGAAUAUGGCAUAUUCCGGCUGUAGCACUACCCAGGGCAGAGCGACCGGGAUCGUCACCGCAACAGGGAUGACGACGGAAGUUGGGAAGAUUGCACAGCUUCUUCAGGACACCGGGGAUAGCAUUAGCUCCAACCCGGUCACCCGUUUCCUGCAGCACUCUAUCUCGUCUGGUAAGCAGGUGUUGGGAUUGGUGGGAACGCCAUUGCAAGUGAAGUUAAGCAAGUUUGCACUGCUCCUCUUUGCACUCGCGAUCCUGCUUGCUAUCAUCGUGUUCUCCGCUAGUAAAUGGGACGUCCAAGGCGAGGUGCUCAUCUACGGAAUCUGUGUGGCCGUGGCGGUUAUCCCCGAAUCAUUGAUCGCCGUCCUGACGAUCACUGUAGCCGUCGGCACGAAAUCCAUGGCCAAACGGAACGUUAUUGUGCGGAAACUACAGUGCUUAGAGGCUGUUGGAGGAGUCACCAACAUCUGCUCUGACAAGACAGGCACGCUUACUCAAGGCAAAAUGAUCGCACGUACUGCCUGGAUCCCUGACGUCGGUACCCUGACAGUCCACCAAACAAUGAAUCCCUAUGAUCCUACGAGUGGAGUGGUUCAAAUCGAUGAAGUGGACUGGAAGCCCAACAGACUCGAAGAGAACCGAGCCCUACAUACCUUCCUCACGGCCAUUGCAUUGUGCAAUCUAUCUGUCGUUCAAAACGACGCGCAGUCCAUUACCUCCGGUGACAACCCUACAGGGGUCAUCGAAGGCAACUGGGCGGCUGUGGGCGAGCCGACUGAGAUCGCUCUCCAUGUUCUUGCAAUGCGGUUCGGCAUGGGGAAAUCGAACAUUCUCCAGGAGCGAAAAGUUCAGCUCCACGUCGAAUAUCCUUUCGACUCCUCCAUAAAGAGGAUGUCAGUAGUGUAUCGAAAUACAGCAGCUGGUCUCAACGAGACAUACAUGAAGGGCGCCCCCGAAGCCAUUAUCCCUCGACUCGACGUCUCAGAGGAGGUUAAGGCUCACAUCCAGGAGACCGCGGACCGGAUGGCUGGAGAAGGUCUUCGGAUUCUCUGCGUCGCUUACAAAAUGACACCAAUCGACGACGGAGACCAGGUGUCCCCUCGAGAGAAGGCAGAAUCGGGCUUGAAAUUCGGCGGUCUUGUCGGGUUAUACGACCCUCCCCGCGUCGAGACGGCUGCCGCGGUGCGAAAGUGCCAGAUGGCUGGCAUUACCGUGCAUAUGUUGACCGGGGACCACAUCCGAACCGCAACUGCCAUUGCAUCCGAAGUUGGUAUUCUCGAUCCAAUUUCUAACGUAAAGGCCAGCCGGUUGGUGAUGGCCGCCGAGAGCUUCGACCGGAUGUCGGACGCGGAGAUUGAUGCCAUCGAGCAACUACCGCUGGUCAUCGCACGGUGCAGUCCUACUACGAAGGUUCGGAUGGUGGAAGCCAUGCACCGCCGCCAGGCGUUUUGCGUAAUGACUGGAGAUGGGGUCAAUGACUCUCCGGCUCUGAAACGCGCCGAUGUGGGCAUUGCGAUGGGAAAGAAUGGCAGCGAUGUGGCGAAAGAAGCCGCAGAUAUGGUCCUGACGGACGAUAACUUUGCGUCCAUCUUCCUGAUGCACCUCCUUAUUUCAAAUAUCGCCCAGGUGAUUCUCCUGUUGAUCGCUCUCGCGUUCAAAGAUCGCGAAGGCAACUCGGUGUUUCCGUUGUCGCCAUUGGAGAUUCUUUGGGCCAAUCUCGUCACGUCUUCAUUUCUGGCGCUGGGCUUGGGACUGGAAGAAUCCCAGCCGGAUAUUAUGUACCGCCCUCCGCAUGACCUCAAGGUCGGCGUGUUCACACGCGAGCUUAUCGUGGACAAGAUGAUAUACGGGACAUUCAUGGGAUCUCUGUGUCUGGUCGCCUUCGCGAGCGUGGUGUACGGCAUCCAUUCCGGCCAGUCCGAUAUGGGCACUCAGUGCAAUGAAGGAUGGUUCGCCGACUUCAAGCAUUUCUCUCGAUCGUUGUUCAAUCUCGACCCCGACAAAUACCCGGGUAAACUAUCCGUCUUCCACUCCAUCUGGAAGAACCGGUUCCUUUUCUGGGCUGUCGUGGCGGGAUUUGUGAUCGCGUUUCCGGUGAUCUAUCUCCCCGUAAUCAACCACGCUGUGUUCAAGCACACGCUGAUCGAGGAGGAAUGGGGGAUUGUCAUCGCGUGUAUGGUGAUGUACCUGGUCUUGAUCGAGACGUGGAAGGCCAUUAAGCGGCGAUUUGGCAUUGCGAGCGGGAAGAAUGCGAUGUUGACGAUGGAGGACGCGGAGAUGCGGGCUGGUCUGGCCCCCAUGACGCCGCUGUCGAUGAGUGCGAACGCCAGCGUGGAGAUGAACUGCGCUGCAGUCAGCCGUGGUGGCUCCAGCGCCUCCUUCCGCUCCCGCCUAACAGACCUCAACCUGACCUUCGACUUCCUCGACGGCGAAUACCCCUGCACCCCAGCCCCGGGCAUCGACCUCUUCUACCCGCCCCCGUACUACAGCCACAUCGAAACGGAGACGCUCGAAAGCACACAGGCCGCCGUCGCCCGGGUGCGCCGCCACAUCGCCACGCACGGACCCUACGAUGCGCUGAUGAUGUUCUCGCAGGGUUGCGCCGUUGGCGCCAGCCUGCUCCUCCUCCUGCAGCACGACGGGCUGCCGCCGCCCGUCCGCGCGGGCAUCUUCAUCUGCGGCGGCCCGCCGCUUACCGUCCUCGAGCAUGUCGGCUACGACGUCCCCGAGUCGGUGUGGGCGGCGGACCGCACGUCGCGGACCAAGCUGAGCCAGCAGGCGGACUCGGCGGCGAUUCUGGCUAAGGGGUCGGCGCGGUGGAUGGCGAGCAGCAGUGCGGUGGAUGAGGGGGAGGUGCGGGCGCAGCUGAGUGGCGGGCCGGUGCGGAUUGGGAUUCCGACGGUGCAUGUGUAUGGGAAUAAGGAUCCGCGGUAUGAAGCCGGGGUGUUGUUGUCAGGGGUUUGUGAGGAGGGCUGUCGGAGGGUGUAUGAUCAUGGCGGUGGGCAUGAGAUUCCGCGGACCGGAGUGGUGAGUGAUACUAUUGCGGAGAUGGUGAGGUGGGCGUUGAUGGAGGGGUCUAUAUAG